AUGCAUCCAUUUCCUUUUUCUUCUUCUUUUUUUGUAGGUAGGUUUUUUAUUUUUUUUUUAUUUCUUUUCCCCUCACUUCCUUUUCACGCGGCAGAGCUGACGACGACGGGCUCUCCUCAACGUCCUUUCCGAGCUGGCCGCCCCCUCGGACCUCAGCCCCCUUCAUCAUCUACACCAUCUACAGAACACGCCUUCGGGAUCUCGCACCCUCGCCCUGCCGGACUCACUCUGCUGCGUGCCGAACUCCCGGCGCCGCGAAAGCACGAACUGGGGGGUGAUGGUGUUACCCUACCCACAUUACGUCGAUAGUCGUAGGCCUCUAUUAUCUUAGGCGGUGCAAUUCUUUAAAGCAUCGAAUUGCCUACCUCAGCUUGUUCAACGUGUGGCACCAGAACUAGAACCCGAGAAUCCGGGGCGGCCACCUUGCCCUCCCUCCUCCUCGACCUCAACGCGCGUUACCUGAGAAAAAGAAAAAGUAAAGUAAUGAAAAAACCCCGUGCGACGGCGAUGAUGAUGAUGCAGGAGGGGCGAGAGAGUGGGGGAAUCACGUCGCCAUUGCGUAACGGGCCCGCGACGAUGUGACGGUCGAUCCGCGCAAAUUCAGUCUGCGUGAUCCGGGGAGGGGGUUCUCUCUCUUACACGGACAUAGUGGUGAUGCGCGUGUGACGGAGAGCUGGCACGAAAGACGUGUACGAGAAGGUGUCUCGUAGAGUCGUAGGUAUCAGAAGCGUGUGGCUGCAUUAGGUACGUGCGCAUGUACUGCACGUAUUACACAUGUACACACAUAGGUAGAAUAUCCAGAUACACACGCUCGACGGUGUGCCCACAUACGUCGGUAGGUAAUAUACGUGCACACAGAACAAAUGCGCCUGAUCAAUAACAACCAGUUCCCCGGAAGUUUGAGCUCUGCCACGCAUGUGUGCUGCUACCUUGCAUAGCAGGUAGAUCCGUCGGGAACGAAGCUAUGCACGUAGUCGACUGCGACCCUACGGCAUGUCCUGUUGCGCGGAGUGGCGAGCCGAGGAAACGAUCGG